AUGAGCGACUUCAAGUCUUCCCAGUAUUUCAAGCAAAUCACCGACGGCCUUGCCGGCAUGUCUGAUGCCGAGAAGAAGGACCUCCAGAAGAAGACCAACGCCGUCUUCGAGUUCCACAUUAAGAACUCUGGUGGCAAGGAGCUCGUCCAGACCAUCGAUCUUAAGAAGGAGGCCACUGUUUACGAGGGCAAGGCUAAGGGCAAGGCUGAUUGCGUGAUCAGCCUCGCUGACGACACUUUUGCCGAUCUCGCUGAGGGCAAGGUCAAUGGCCAGAAGGCCUUUAUGGGUGGUAAGCUCAAGGUCAAGGGCAACGUUAUGCUUGCCACCAAGCUCGACGGUGUGCUCAAAGCCCAGAAGGCCAAGGCGUAA